AUGGCAUCGAUCACCAGCAUCGUCAAGGCAUCCGACUGGGUUUUGUCGAAGCCAGUUUUGGCACGUGCCAUCACCCCUUUGGCCAAGGCCUUCUGUGCCUACGCCGGCUACAGAGAGAUGGGUCUUAAGUUCAACGACAUCAUCAACGAGGAGAACCCUAUUUCUCAAAAGGCCAUCUCCCGUUUGCCAGCCGACGUUUCUUACGCCAGAAACUUCCGUAUCAUCACUGCCCACCAGUUGGGUUUGUCCAACCAAUUGUUGCCUGCCAACAAGGCUGUCAAGCCAGAGGAUGACACCCACUACUUGAUCCCAUACCUUUUGGAGGCUGAGAAGGAGGCUUUCGAGAAGGCCGAGUUGGACCACAUCCAGGUCUAG